AUGGCAUCCAGUGUUUUCCAGCCAAAUUGUAAUGGUAAGAGUGCAGUGGAACAACUUGAUCUUUGGAAGGUUUCUGCUGGCACACUUAGCGAUAUUCCCAGCACCUGCAUCAAGAUCGAUGAAUGCAAUAUAGCAGGCAGUCCUAAACCACGCACUAGCCCUUGUUACAGUUCUUACAAAGUGGGAUUUCAUGCUGACCACUUCGACAACACUCUGGUCAAUGACAUUGCAUGGAUAAUAUCAAGAUACUUUAAUCGAUCAUCCCAAUCCAUUGACACCCAAGUUUUUGAUCAACGAGUUCCAGUGUGGUCAGCAUACAACUCUCUUGUAAAUACACCAGAAUCUGGACAGGAAUCACCUAUCAUCCUUGACAAAGCAUAUGCUCUGCCUAUCAUUAAUGCCCCGGCUCAUGAAUGGUCCACCUUAGUCACCACGCUAAAUCAACUGUGUAUGGUCAACCGAUUAGUAUCAAAGAAUGAUGGAAAGCUGAUAGUCACAUUUGACAUGGAUCUCUACAAGCGGGUGUUGAAGUUGGAGUAUCUUGAUUCCAAAUACAAAGAUAAGUGGGUAGUGUAUCCAGGAGCAUUCCAUACAGCAGUUUGCGCUCUAAGGUGCCUUGGCAAAACAAUCGAAGGCAGCGGUAUCGACGAGGCAUGGGUAGAAGCAGAAGUGUACAGUGCUGUCACCGUGGACCAGAUUAUCAAUGGGAAUCACUACAGAAGGGCAUUGGAGGCUCACAAAGUCACACUCCAAGUGCUGUUCGACCUUUGGAUUGAAGCAUUCUUUUCAGAGCGACCUGCUGUACGAACAAGCCUAGAAGCCUGUAUUGAGCAAGUUUCCAAAGCAUGUGUGUUGAAGCAGGGCGUUCGUGCAGCUCACUUUUCACUGAUUGCCACACUCGAAUCUAUCAACAUCGACAAGCAACUAGCUGAGUUUGACGCCAGACAUGAGGCACAUCCCAUGUUUCAAUGGGCACGGAUGUACAUGCGCCAAGUCAUUGUUUUGCUUCAAUUCCAACGCGCUACGCACCAAGGAGAUUGGUUUCUUCUGUUCACCCGCCUUGGGCUAGAUCAUGCACAGGAACUCGUCAACAAAAAUCUGAAAGGCCAGGGCACCAUAAGUGGCAUUAUGCAGAAUCCGGCCACACUCCUGAAGUUCUGUAUGUGCGCUCCUGAACUUUCACGCAUUGUUGAAGAGACUGAGACAAUGGUUGGGAUGCCAAAGCAAAACGACACUGAACAUCACCGCCUGAAUCACACUACAGUGGUACGCCAAGAACAGGAUAUCGCAAAUCUGUCUUGUGUGCUUUCACCGUGUAACAUUUUCACUUCAGAAGAAACAAACUUGUUCAAACUCAUGACAAAGGAGAUUAUUCCGAAACUUAUCGAGGAAAGCAUUUUAAGCAUGGAAGCUUGUGGGUCAUCUGUGAUGAAGAAAUUUGUUGAAGAAAGAGUAAGCGGAGAAACCAAUCUAUGGGACAAAAUGACAAAGUCCAAGUCUCUAUCAUGGAAUUCCUCAGGCAAAGAGAUUAAACUUCAAGCCAAAUCAGAAGUCAUCACUCUUCGCGCAACCACGGGUCUUAUGUCCAGACUGCUCAUCAUUGCACGAUCAUCCCGCAAGGUUGACAUGGAAGAAGUCAUUGGAAACUACGAGUUUGCGACUACAAACCACACGUUGAUGAAGCUUGAUGGAUCUGUUCACCCAACCUUAAAUAAGAGUAGCAUUAUUGCAGUUCUGGAGGAUCUCCCAGCACAAGCUUCAACGAACAGCGAAACUGAAUCUCCUUCACAAGAGAACAACCAGAACACAACCAGUACGUGUCUCGUUGUCGACGGUAUGGCAGUUGUUCAGGAGAUAAUGGCAGUAAAGCCUUUAAAGAAUUGUAAGGAAUUAGCAGCUGCAUAUGUAACACUCAUAGAUGCCAAAGGUCACAACUACGAUAUUACUUGGGUUAUAUUUGACAACUACGUCGCCGAGGUUUCACUUAAAGCAGCGACACAAGAUCGACGCAGGGGAAGUAAAGCACCUGUAAAAGGAUAUGUCGUGGAAGACGCUACUAAAAUAAAAAAUGUUAAAUCAUUUCUUGGAAGCACUACUACGAAAGCAAAUCUUACACUCUUUUUAGCGAGGAAGUUAAUAGAUCACGCUGAAGUACACGUCAUUACAUCAACACAUCAGGGGGUUAUGUCAAACAGAGCUGGCAAUAUCACUCCUGGUGUUAGCACUCAAGAAGAAGCAGAUACGUUGAUGAUCUUACAUGUAGUGGAAGCAGCAAAAGCGGGGUCCAUUGUUCAUAUAUACAGUCAAGACACAGAUGUAUUGCUUCUUGCUUUGAGACGCGUUCCUCUUCUUGGUGAACAAGCAGCACUGUUGAUGGGCACAGGUGAUCGACGCUGUCUAGUGUUAUUGAAGCCGAUUUAUGAUUCACUUGGAGAACAGAAAGCAAAGGCGUUAUGCAAAUGGCAUGCCUUAACUGGCUGUGAUACGACAGGCUACAUUCGGGGAAAAUCAAAGAAAGCAUGUUUGGAAGCAUUUUUGAAGGAAAGACCCAGUAUUGUUUCGGCCAUUUCCUCUCUUGGAAUUGAAAGUGGGGUUAGUGGGCCAUCUGAAGACAUAAUCGAAGGCUGCAUAUCAUUUCUAUGUGGUCUUUUUCGUAAGAAAGGUAUUGAAGCCACAAACCCACACAGUCUUCGAUGGACCUUGUUCAAGCAACAGAGAAUUGACAAAGGUAUUGAGCUACUACCACCAACCUAUGGAGCGUGGAAAGAGCACAUUUUGCGAGCGCAUUGUCAGUGUGUGGUAUGGGAACAAGAUCUUAUUGCCUGUCCAACGACAAUAGACCCACUUAUGUUCGGCUGGAUAAAAGAAGAUGACCAUCUUGUUCCCCAGUUAUCCAAGAUUCCUCCAGUCCCAACAGCGGUUGUCGAAUUGGUGAGAUGUACCUAUGGUGCCAGUAAUCCGAGUGCAGUAAAUAAGUGCACUUCCGGGAGAUGUUCGUGCAAAUUAAACAGUCUUGUUUGCACAGAGCUGUGCAGAUGUGAAGCAGCCAUAGAUAUUUGCCAAAACAUAAACAGCGAUAUCUUAGAUACAACAGAUGAUCAAUGUAGUUAAUUUAUUUCAUUGCCUUUUUAAAUUUUCAUUGUGGUGGCCGGGGAAUACAAUUUUUGAAAUUUAAACAUUUGCAAACAAAGAUUAAAACCACAUAGCAAGGGCACAAACACAAAGAGAUUGAAGAG